UCCCCUCUGAGCCUUUGCUUUAAAUACAUACUCCCCUUCUGAUCAAAUUUAUUACAGGCACCAACCAAAAACGCUUCCCAAAUCCCAUAGAAACACAAACACCAUCACAUCCUCCACUCACUCCUCACCGAGAAAAAAGAAACAGACACUAAUAUCCGAUAGAUCCAAUGGGAAAGAAAUCUUUGAAGUUGCCCUCUCUUUUCAAAACCAAAGAACCCCCAAGAAAUCAACAUCAUCAUCAUCAUCAUAAUCAUAAUCCUAAUCAUCCAUGGCAAUUCAUGCCCUCUUGUGGCCACUCAAAGACCCUCUCUUUCCGAGGUGGAGAUGAUGACAUGUUCAAGACAGUUAACUCUGUGUUCUUCGACCCUUCAGCUGAGAGCACUAUUGAAACUCCAAAGUCAUGGUUCACAACCUCAUCUGAAUCUGCAAGCAUCUCAACUGAGUCAGAAGACUACCACUACUGUGAUGGGGAGUCUUUGGAGAUGUUGGUACGUGGUGUGAGGUCAGAGAGGCUUUUUUUCGAACCUGGUGACACAAGUUCCAUCUUGGAAAAGGCCAAGGCUAGUGGUUUUCCCUUCAAAGAAAGUGUGGUCCUAGCUAUGGAGUCAGAGGACCCUUAUGAGGAUUUCAAGAGAUCAAUGGAGGAGAUGGUUGAGUCUCAUGGAGUUAGAGAUUGGGAAGGCUUGGAGGAGCUUUUAACUUGGUACUUAAGGGUCAAUGGUAGAAAUAAUCAUGGGUUUAUAGUGGGUGCUUUUGUUGAUUUACUCUUUAGUUUAGCAGCUUCUAAUGGUUCUAUCACUUGUUCUGAUUCAACUUCAUAUUCUUCUGCUGUUUCUUCUUUUGCUUCUUCCCCCUUGAGUGGCCAGAAUGAGAUUGUUGAGCAUGGGAUUGGGAACGAAAAUGAUGGUGCUGUAACAUCUUAGCAUUACUGCAUUAGCAGUAAUUUCAUUUUUUUUUUUUUUGUAUACAUUUGUAGAUUAAAAGAAAUGCUCAGUGAGAAUAUUAAUUAAAUUAACUCCUCGU